GCUCACAAUCUAUCAAAUUUCCACACAGCUUCUCACUCACUCCCACAACAAUGGCGGCUUUCUUUUCCUUCUCCACUUCACUUCUUCCCCCCUCAAAACCCUUCUUCUCUUCGUCUCCCUUGAAUUCCCAAUCAAUCCCCUUUAGGAAAACCCCCAUCUUGUCUCCAACAACCCCCCUCGCAGCCCUCACAUCAACGGCGGAGGCGCCGCCGGCCAUCGCGACCUUCUGGGAAUGGCUGAGCGAGCGAGGCGUGAUCUCCGGCAAGACCCCGGUGAGACCCGGCAUGGGCGCCGAAGGUCUGGGCCUGGUAGCGCGAAGGGAUAUCGGGCGAAAUGAGGUCGUAUUGGAAGUGCCCAAGAAGCUCUGGAUCAACCCGGAAUCCGUGGCGGGUUCCGAAAUUGGGGGAAUCUGCGGCGGGCUGAAGCCGUGGAUCUCCGUCGCUCUGUUCUUAAUUAGGGAGAAGUCGAAGAAGGAACGCUCGGAGUUGAAGGCUUACUUGGAUGUGCUCCCCGAGACCACCGAUUCCACUAUAUUUUGGUCAGAAAAGGAGCUUGUAGAACUUCAAGGAACUCAACUGCUGAGCACAACUACAGGAGUAAAGCAAUACUUGCAGAGGGAGUUUCAGAGAGUUGAACAAGAGAUUUUAGAACCUAAUUCGCGGCUGUUUCCUUCCCCUGUGACACUGGAAGAUUUCACCUGGGCAUUUGGAAUUCUCAGAUCAAGAGCAUUCUCUAGGCUUCGCGGCGAAAAUCUUGUUCUCAUCCCUCUUGCAGACUUGGUGAAUCACAGCCCUGAUAUAACAACUGAAGAUUAUGCUUAUGAGAUUAAAGGCGGGGGUCUUUUCUCCCGAGAUCUCUUGUUUUCUUUGAGAUCCCCAGUCUCAGUGAAGGCUGGUGAGCAGGUUCUGAUUCAGUAUGAUCUAAACAAGAGUAAUGCAGAAUUAGCUCUAGACUAUGGAUUCAUAGAGUCAAAAUCCGACCGCAAUGUCUAUACCUUGACCCUUCAGAUCUCCGAAUCAGAUCAGUUCGCUGGAGACAAGCUCGACAUUGCCGAGACAAACGGCUUGGGAGAGACAGCAGAGUUCGACAUAAUCUUAGGCUAUCCUCUACCAGCUAAACUGCUUCCAUACUUGCGCCUUGUUGCACUUGGAGGCACAGAUGCUUUCCUAUUGGAAUCUAUCUUCAGCAACACGAUCUGGGGCCAUCUUGAAUUGCCUGUAAGCCGUGCCAAUGAGGAGCUUGUUUGCCGGGUGGUUCGAGAUGCCUGCAAAACUGCUCUUUCUGGGUAUCAGACAACCAUCGAAGAGGAUGAGAAGUUGAUGGAAGGGGAAGGUUUGAGUGCAAGGCUUGGUAUUGCAGUGGGAGUAAGAGCAGGAGAGAAGAAGGUUUUGCAGCAAAUUGACGAGUUUUUCAAGCAACGAGAGGAAGAGCUGGACGAGAUUGAAUACUACCAAGAAAGAAGGCUCAAGGAUCUUGGUCUGGUUGGAGAACAAGGUGACAUCAUCUUCUGGGAGUAGUUCCAUAUAUAAGACAAACAGCAGAUCAAUUUGAGAAUCCACAAUAUAGAGGCAUUUAAGGGCAUUAUUUGUCAGAAGAGCCUCUGAUUAAUCAGAGAAAGCAUUAAAAUGUGAGAGCCAAAGUCAAUGUAUUGCUGGAGGAAAUUUUCUUUCUUUGAUGUGGGCAGUGUGACUACUACAAGAGGCUUACAGCCAAAUGUUCUUGAGCUGGAAAAUGAGAAUGCUACACUUGCAAACUUUGAAACUGUGAG